AUGUCCGUUAAAGUUGAAUUACAGCAUCAAUUAAAAGAAAUCGGUUAUCAACUUGGUCCAUUCACAUCAAAAGAUACAUUAUCUAUUAUAAGAUGUCUUCAUUCCGUAGUAUUAACAGAAAAAAAGAUUAAUGUUGCAAAAUUAAAUGAUCUUGAGCUUCGAACCAAUUUAAUUCAACGUGGUUUUCUUGUUGGACCUAUUACAAAUCAUACUCGUGCUAUUUAUCAACGUAAAUUACUUGAAGUAUUAACUAAUCAAACAACAAAUGGACAAGAUGAUGAAUUUGAAAUCGAUGAAUCAAUUCAUCAAACUCAAUAUGAUAUCAAUGAAAACAAUAGUCUCUAUUCUAAUUCAAAGGAUUUUCAAAAUGUUGAACCAAUGAUUAUUCGACAUAAUUAUAAAGCUUCAUCAUCAUCAUCUAGAAAUGCAUCAAAGCAAAAUACUUAUGAAGAAUUAAAUGAAAUACGACCACGUGUUGUAAUUAAAUCAAAUGAAAUUAAGAAAGAUAUUACGUCGAGAAAAAUAAAAGAUGAAUUUACAAAUAAAACUAAUAAAUUACAAGUUGAAAAAAAGAGUAAUGGUAUAUUUGCUUAUGUUGCUAUAGCAAUUAUUGUUGCCGUAAUUGUUUUUUUUGCUUAUUUAUGGUUUGAAAAAUGA